AUGGGUCGUGAAGAACAACCCGACCCCGUUACUGCUGAAUCUGCAGAAUCCGCAGAAAAAUCCACCACUAUUGCUGAGGUGCCAAUAGUAGAGCCUCCUCCAGACAAGCCAGAAGAAAAAGUUCAUACGCCCCCAGUGGCUUAUCGUGACGACAAAAAUGCCGAAGAGAAACCGCUAGCUCUAGCCGAAGUUAAAGGGUUGACAGCAAAGCAGAAAAAGAAACUGGCGAUGAAGGCGAAAUACAAGAACAGACCAAAAAGCAAAGCAGCUGGACAGCCAAAACCUACAGGCUUUGAAGACUAUUUUGCUGAAGGUCCUAUCACCCCUGAUGACCAUGAUUACGAAGAGAACAUCUACAGUCUUGACCGUCCUAUUAUUUUUCGAUUGCAGGAAGCACUCAACAGGUAUCAGCAAAAGCGCCGGCUGUUGAAUGAACGGAUGUAUCUCUUUGCUGAUUAUCUCAGAUAUGGUGGAGUGGACGUGGGAGCUAAGUUGUACGGGGGUGUCUCGGAGAGGGAGUUGAAGGAAAUGGACAAAGAAGGGAUCCUUGUCGCUCGCUCACAAGCGAAUAUCAGUUUCAAUAAGAUAAAGCUCAAGGUCGAUUUCGAACUGGUCGUCAAAGGCUUUCUCUCUUCCCAUUUUCCAGACAAGGUGCAGCCCAACAACUUGGAGACAGUCCAAAUGGCCACCCGCACAAUCAAAAACUGGCUUAAUUACCUCGUGUUUCACAAAGUAGCCUCGGAACACAACAACAACAUCAUCUCUGCUAUUUACAUUUGUGAGCUUGCUGAGAUACAGCUUUGGGACAACCUCCGCCUUCUCUCAGUGGCUCCCGGCGAUUUUAACAAAGCUUGUUCCUUCCUAUUCGGCGGGCACUAUUUCGACCCCGAAGCCGAGAAGGAAUCAUCAGCGGACUGGGAACAGGAACGGAUGAAACGUAAAAAUAAGUUUAUGACACAGGAAAUUGCGCACAAGGUGAUGAAGUUUGCUCUGGCUUGCACUAGCACCGAUGAACAGGCCAGUCUUUUUGAUAGGCUUUCAAAAGCCAACGAACUUCACGCAACUGCUGUCCAAGACAUUGACGGAUUUGAAGUGACUGAAAUUUUCAUGCCAGAGCAGAAAGUGCGGGACUUUUACAACAAACACGGGCCUGACCUGAAUCCAGUGGGCAAAUUAUGCGCUAAAGCAUGUCGAAAUCCCGACGGUGUGUACGUCGACCUGGCACCUGGGGAGAAACUGCCAAACAUCGACGAACUGGAAUUCGAAUUUCUCGUCGAAGAGAAUCUCCUCAAUUACUACUAUACAGGGAUGAAAGUCUGUACCAAUGUAUGGGAAUUCAAUUGUGGAGUGUACUUCUACGAUGAGGUCUUCGCCGCAUAUUGUACUUUCUACACCGUCUUGUGGAAUGAUCUCAUGCUUGAGUGGAAGGAACCACGGGAUCUAACCAAAGAGCAAAAACUUGAGGGAAAGGAAGAAGACGAAACUGAAAAAGUUGACGCCCAUGCCGAAGGGCUCUAG